UCCAGGAAGCCUCAUCCUCAUCCUCAUCACCAUCCUCAUCCUCACCCUCAUCCUCAUUCUCAUCACCAUCCUCAUCACCAUCCUCAUCACCAUCCUCAUCCUCACCCUCACCCUCAUCCUCAUCACCAUCCUCACCCUCACCCUCAUCCUCAUCACCAUCCUCAUCCUCAUCACCAUCAUCAUCCUCAUCACCAUCCUCAUCCUCACCACCAUCCUCAUCCUCACCACCAUCCUCAUCCUCACCCUCAUCCUCAUUCUCAUCACCAUCCUCAUCACCAUCCUCAUCACCAUCCUCAUCCUCACCCUCACCCUCAUCCUCAUCACCAUCCUCAUCCUCAUCACCAUCAUCAUCCUCAUCACCAUCCUCAUCCUCAUCACCAUCAUCAUCACUAUCCUCAUCCUCACCCUCAUCCUCAUCACCAUCCUCAUCCUCACCCUCACCCUCACCCUCAUCCUCAUCACUAUCACCCUCACCCGCAUCACCAUCCUCACCAUCACCAUCACCAUCCUCAUCAUCACUAUCACAAUCACCCUCACCAUCCUCAUCCCCACCCUCAUCCUCAUCCUCAUCACCAUCACCCUCACCAUCCCAUCCUCAUCCUCAUCCUCAUCACCCUCACCCGCAUCCUCAGCCUCAUCGUCCUCAUCACCAUCAUCUUCACCAUCCUCAUCCUCAUCACCCUCACCCGCAUCCUCAUCACCAUCACCAUCACCCUCACCAGCAUCCUCAUCCUCAUCGUCCUCAUCACCAUCAUCUUCAGCAGCAGCCAGUCAAAAACUCACCACUGCAGCGUCCUAACAAAUGA